GGCAAUGGUUCAUCCUCACAUUGACUCUCCUGGAUCUGUCUUCUCCACUAUGGCCUUCAGACUCAGACCUACAUCCUCCUGCACCAGGGCCAGCCCACUUCAAAACCUACAGGUCUUGCUGCUCCUGCUUCUUGUUGCGCUGGCUCCCCUUACAGUUGGAAAACCUAAUGACAUGGACCCAUAUCUUGAACUGCGCUGCAGAUGUACAAAUACAGUCUCUGGAAUCCCACUCAAUUCUAUCUCCCUUGUGAAUGUGUUCAGGCCAGGAGUUCACUGUGCCAACGUGGAAGUGAUAGCCACACUGAAGAAUGGAGAAAAAAGGUGCCUGGACCCAACUGCCCCUGUCAUCCAGAAAAUCGUCAUGAAAAUACUGAAUGGUUAUUGACCAGCUGCUUUGUCUGUUCCAAACCAUUUUACUGUGCAGGAGCAGUUGAGGGUUUGAAAUCUGGGCUUUGUAGAGUUAUUUUCCCCUUUGAAAUUGGGAUAGUCUCUCAUUCAGUCUCAGAAGCCACAUUGUAUUCUGGGAAGGCAUAUUAAAGAAUGUCACAAAAAACAAACAAACAAUGAUGAAAAUGAGCAAGCCAAGUUGUAACCUGCAAUUGAUGGUAUAUUUCUGCAAUUCUUGGCCAAACACUGUGCCGUUUUCUGCAUUUCUUUAUUUGAGCUUUUUUUUUUCCAAAUGUAAUAUGUCAAGUUUUUGUUCUGUAUAUUUAAAAAUUAUUUCUUUUAGUCUUGAGAUUAUAAUUACAUCACUCCCCCCUUCUUUUUCUCCCUUCAAACGCUUCCAUGUACCCUUCAUGCUCUCUUUCAGAUCCAUGGCUGCUUUUUUUCAUUAAGCAUUGUUAUAUACAUAUAUAUUGACAAAUGUUGAAGUGGACAAUUUUAAUGGAAAUUACCUGGAGCCAAGCAGGGCACUUUUACUCUUGUCAUGACCAUGAUACUUCGUUAUAAGAGUUUUUCCAGUGUCUUAUCCCUAGAAUUCCUGGUUCCCAAGCAACCUCUGCAAUGUUGUACAACAUGUGUUUUAACCUUCAAAUCGAACACAAUAAAAGCAUAGAAAGUAAAUUA